AUUAAAAUAAUUAACCAAAAGUUACCAAAAAAUCGCCAUCUAUCAACGUCAUCAAAAAUCAUAUUUCUAAUCUACAAAUAGCAAACAAAAUUCGUAAUUUCUUUUGUGUUUAAUGAUUGAAAAGCGUUAAAUUACAAGAUUACAAUGAAUUGUCAUCGAAUCAAGGCUUUUAUUUGUUUAUAACAAUGUUACAACAUCCUGCUUUUUAUCCUUUCCCAAUUAAAAGGUAAAAAAUCAGAUUUUAAAACAGUUCCGUUCAAAAUCCACAGUUAAAAUGGGGUUUGCUAUAAUUAUUGGUUUAUUUUCGAUAAUUUUAACAUCAACAAACGGAUUAGAAUGCGGAAAUGCUUCCGGACUCAACACAACCGAGUUAAGAGUUUUAUUAAAAACGUGCAUAUUCAAAGAAAAUCUGGAUACGAAACAAAAUAAAACUGAAAAUAACGAUUACAAUAAUGAAUACGACGAUUCUUAUUUCUACGACGACUUUUUAGGAGGAAACGAAAGAAAUCAAACUGAAAACGAUAAAGAGACAACAACGGAAGAAAUUUUUAAUCACCCCGGAAGAUGUACUUAUCAUUGUAUUUUUAAAAAAUUAAAUAUUAUCGAUCAAGAUGGAUUUCCCGAUCAUGAAAAGGUGUCACAAAAUUUAAAAGUUGAGGCGAAAAACGACGAAUUAAAAGAUUUCCUUCAAGAUUCAAUUGAUGAGUGUUUUCAAGUAACCCAAGCUGAAGAAUUAGAUGUAUGCGACUUUUCCUAUAACUUUUUUAAAUGUUUGGCGGAAAAAGCACGCGAUAAUUGUUCCGAUUGGCCUUUAACGGACUCUUUAGUUUACGAUUUAUUUUAGUAACUCAAUAAUACAUACCUCUUUUGCAAAUUCA